AGUCCCUCCAACAACAGCAAGGAGGAUGCCUUCUCCGGGACAGAUUGGAUGUUGGAGAAAAUGGAUUUGAAGGAGUUCGACUUUGAUGCCCUGUUGGGUAUAGAUGACCUGGAAACCAUGCCAGAUGACCUUUUGACCACGUUGGAUGACACCUGUGAUCUCUUUGCCCCUCUAGUCCAGGAGACUAAUAAGGAGCCCCCCCAGACGGUGAACCCAAUGGGCCAUCUCCCAGAAAGUUUAACAAAACCUGACCAGGUUGCCCCCUUCACCUUCUUGCAACCUCUUCCCCUUUCCCCAGGGGUCCUGUCCUCCACUCCAGAUCAUUCCUUUCGUUUAGAACUGGGCAGUGAAGUGGAUAUCACUGAAGGAGAUAGGAGGCCAGACUCCACUGCUUACAUUGCCAUGAUCCCUCAGUGCAAAAAGGAGGAAGACACCCCUUCAGAUAAUGAUAGUGGCAUCUGUAUGAGCCCAGAGUCCUAUCUGGGGUCUCCUCAGCAUAGCCCCUCUACCAGGGGCUCUCCAAAUAGGAGCCUCCCAUCUCCAGGUGUUCUCUGUGGGUCUGCCUGCCCCAAACCUUACGAUCCUCCUGGAGAGAAGAUGGUAGCAGCAAAAGUAAACGGUGAGAAACUGGAUAAGAAGCUGAAAAAAAUGGAGCAAAACAAGACAGCAGCCACUAGGUACAGCAAGAAGAAGAGGGCGGAGCAGGAGGCUCUCACUGGCGAGUGCAAAGAGCUGGAAAAGAAGAACGAGGCUCUAAAAGAGAGGGCGGAUUCCCUGGCCAAGGAGAUCCAGUACCCGAAAGAUUUGAUAGAAGAGGUCCGCAAGGCAAGGGGGAAGAAAAGGUUCCCCUAGUUGAGGGUAGUCAGGAGUGUCAAUGUGCUUGU